AUGACCUCUACUGUGAGGACCUCAUAUCUGGGAUCGAUGUUUCGCCUAACUAGCUCGAGACCAUGCCUGUCACAUGCACAUGAGGGCCGACACCAAGAAACCACGCCAAGUACGAAUGAUUCUCAAGAUCUAAGGACAACAGCAAUUACCUUGAGGUACGCUAUUCUUUGGAUAAAGAGGCUCCUGCAGACGCUCAACAUAGAAAUGGGAGAGAGAAAAGAAGCAGCUUCAACGCUGCCUUUAGUCCUUAGAGGGGAAAUGCCAUCGCCUGCGAAUGGUUCUGCUUAA